AUGGCUUACCACCAGUUCGACUACAUCCUCGCCAUAGGUAUCAUCUUUGCCUUCUUGGAUGCCUUCAACAUUGGUGCCAACGAUGUUGCCAACUCUUUCUCGUCCUCGGUCUCUUCGAGGUCUUUGAAGUACUGGCAGGCCAUGAUUUUGGCUGCCAUUUGUGAGUUUCUUGGUGCCGUCUUGGUCGGUAACAGAGUUUCUGACACUGUGAGAAAGAAGAUUCUUUCCGUUGAUGCUUUUGAGGACGACCCUACUGUUCUUAUGUUGGGAAUGGCCAUUGCUCUUGUCGGUUCUUCCAUCUGGUUGUCCAUCGCCACCACCAUCGGUAUGCCUGUUUCUACUACCCACUCCAUCAUUGGUGCUGUCAUUGGUGUUGGUAUCGCCUCUAGAGGUGCCGACCACGUUAUUUGGGGCUGGGAGGGUUUCGCUCAAAUUGUUGCCUCCUGGUUUAUUGCUCCUUGUAUCGCUGGUGCCUUCGGCUCCAUCGUUUUCCUUAUCGCCAAAUUCGGUGUCUUGGAAAUUAAGGACGAGAGAAAAUCCAUCAGAAACGCCUUGUGCUUGAUCCCAAUUUUGGUUUUCGUCACCUUCUGUGUUUUGACCAUGUUGAUUCUCUGGAAGGGUUCUCCAAAUUUGAACUUGGACGAUCUCUCUGGCGGUACCACCGUCGGUGCCAUUUUCGGUGUUGGUGGUGUCGCUAUGGUUCUUUACAUGAUCUUCAUUUUCCCAGUGGUCAGCAGAAAGAUCCUCCACAACGACUGGACCCUCAAGUGGUACGAUGUCUUCAGAGGCCCAGUCUACUGGUUCAAGCCUUUGGACCAGAUUCCUCCAAUGCCUGAGGGACACCAGAUCACCAUCGACUACUACGAAGGUCGUAGAAUUGUCGAGCGUGCUGCCCAAGACAUUUCUGAAGCUGACAACAAGGAGAACCCAACCAAGGAGUCUGUCAACUCUCUUGACACUUCUUCUUCCGUUGAGAUCAAGGAGGAGGAGUCCACUAGGCUGAAGUGGUGGAAGCUCCUCAAAGCUGGUCCAAAGAAGUGGCCUUACCUUUUGUGGCUCAUUGUCUCCCACGGUUUCACCCAGGACGUUAUCUCCAUCCAGACCAACUCUAAGGGUGUUUUGGCUGCUAACGUGAAGGGCAUGCAUGCUAAGUCCAAGUUCUACGACAACAGAGUUGAGUACCUUUUCUCCUUGCUCCAGUGCAUUACCGCCUGUACCAUGUCUUUUGCUCACGGUGCCAACGACAUUGCUAACGCUUCCGGCCCUCUUUCCACCGUCUUCCUUGUGUGGAACGACCAGGAUAUCACUGACACUCCACCAAUCUGGAUUCUUUGUUUCACUGCCGCCGCUUUGGUCAUUGGUCUCUGGACUUUCGGUUACAGGAUCAUGAGUGUUCUUGGUAACAAGUUGAUUUUGCAGUCGCCAUCUAGAGGUUUCGCCAUUGAGUUUGGUGCUGCGAUCACUGUCGUCAUGGCUACCCAGUUGGCUAUCCCUGUUUCAACUACCCAGUGUGCCGUUGGUGCCACCGUCUUUGUCGGUUUGUGCAACAAGGACCUCAAGGGUGUCAACUGGAGAAUGGUGACUUGGUGCUACUUGGGCUGGUUUAUCACCUUGCCUGUUGCCGGUAUCAUGUCUGGUAUUUUGAUGGGUAUUAUCAUCAACGCUCCUCGUUUGGGUGUUGAGUACGUGCCACAGUAA